UGGUGUUUUAAAUAUUUUUAAAGACAAUCACCACAUUCGGUCAUUCCAUGUCGUGGCGUAAACACAGAUAUUUGUUUUGAAAUGCAAAAUAUUUUUCAAACAUUACUACAUUGAUGAUUAGUUAAUUAGUUUUCCCAUGAAGUUAACUAAUUAGGUAGUUAUAUACUUAAUAAUCGGUACUUAUUACUUGAGUGGGUUUAAAAGGAGUUGUCUUGUGUUUUGGUUUAUCAUUAUAAUUUGAAAGUUGCGAUGGUGAAGUUGACGGAACCUAAUGAUCAGCCUGCGAGGGCAGUGGGGGAGCGCGGCAGUGUCCGAGGUCCUCGCAGCCACCACAACUGGGGCGCCCGCCUCGGCCGUCGAGGGAAGGUCGAGCACACCGAACCGAAGGGGCUCCUCGAACUGGAAGCUCUGGCUCAAAGGACCGUGGAAGUCAUGGAGAAGCACAGUCCGAAGUCGGAACAUAACUACCAUAAGGCUAUGGACUUGCUGCGAUUGCAAUACAAUCUUAAUUUCAUUGUGGUGUGUGAAAAAUGCCGCGGACCGCACGUCAACGACGAAAUCAUAGCUCCUGAAAGAUGACAGAAAAUUUAAUUAAAUAUUAGUAAAAUAUAUAAU